AGCCAUCUCCCUCGCACUCUCUCUCCUAAGACUGCUUCUUCUUCUGCAUCAGCAGCUGCAGAGAGAGAUACAGAAGCAUCUGAUCGUAGUAUCUUAAAUUCCAAAACUGCCCUUGUGUUUUGAGAGGAAUUACCGAGGAUGUUCCUGCUGGAAUGGUUCUAUGGGGUGUUGGCGAUGCUGGGGCUGUCCAUGAAAGAUGCCAAGAUCCUGUUUCUAGGUCUUGAUAACGCCGGAAAAACUACCCUUCUUCACAUGCUCAAAGAUGAGAGAUUGGGGCAGCAUCAGCCAACGCAACACCCAACGUCGGAGGAGCUGAGCAUUGGGAAGAUUCGAUUCAAGGCCUUCGAUUUGGGUGGGCACCAGAUUGCUCGCCGGGUUUGGAAGGAUUACUAUGCGCAGGUAGAUGCAGUAGUCUAUCUAGUAGAUUCAUUUGACAAGGAGCGGUUCCCUGAAUCAAAAGUCGAGCUAGAUGCACUGCUCUCUGACGACUCGCUAGCCCAGGUCCCAUUCCUUGUCCUCGGGAACAAGAUAGACAUCCCUUACGCAGCAUCAGAGGAAGAGCUCCGCUACUGCCUCGGCCUGACGAAUUGCACCACAGGCAAAGGGAAGGUGAACCUGUUUGAGACUAACGUGCGGCCCAUCGAGCUCUUCAUGUGCAGCAUCGUCCGUAAGAUGGGGUACGGGGAAGGGUUCAGGUGGUUAUCGCAAUACAUCAAGUAGUAGUAAUCAUCACUUUGAAGAUUUCUUAUGACGGGAAAUAAUAGUUAGCAUUGCAUUAUUCCACCUCUGUACAGAGACUACAAUACUUUAAUCUCCUGUCUUUCUAUUCACUCAGCAUUUGUUCA